ACCGUGAUACUCCUGCAGCAGUUGGGUCACUGCGAGCCAGCAGCUCGAAACCUUCACGCGUGAUAGAUUUUCGCACAGACUUUUUUUUUUUAAAUUUGGUGACUCCUACAUCCAGAAGGAAAGCCCCUCAGAAAAUAUGGCCAACUACCACAAACCCGACGAAAAAACUCUGCAAGCGCUGAAGGAUGUCGCCAACAAGCUGAGAAUUCACUCCAUCAAGGCAACAUGCGCCUCCAACUCCGGGCACCCCACAUCGUGCUGCAGCGCAGCCGAAGUCAUGUCUGUGCUUUUCUUCCACGCCAUGCGCUACAAAGCCGACGACCCCCGUAACGCGUGCAACGACCGCUUUGUGCUGUCAAAGGGUCACGCUGCGCCAAUCCUGUACGCUGCUUGGGCCGAGGCCGGUUUUUUGAAGGAGUCAGAGUUGCUCAACCUGCGUAAGAUUGAAAGUGACCUGGAGGGGCACCCGACACCUAAACUUCCCUUUGUUGACGUGGCAACUGGAUCUCUUGGCCAAGGUCUUAGUGCUGCUUGUGGAAUGGCAUACACUGGAAAGUAUUUUGACAAAUCCAGUUACCGCGUGUACUGCAUUAUGGGAGAUGGAGAGUGUUCCGAGGGUUCUGUGUGGGAAGCCAUGGCCUUUGCUUCCCACUACAAGCUGGACAACCUUGUGGCAAUCAUGGAUGUCAAUAGGCUCGGUCAGAGUGAGCCUGCGCCUCUCCAGCAUGACAUGGAAAUCUACCACAAGCGUUGCGAAGCCUUUGGCUGGAACACUUAUGUCGUUGAUGGGCAUAAUGUGGAGGAGCUCUGUAAAGCAUUCUGGAACGCUAAGCAGUUUAAGGGCAAGCCCACUUGCAUUGUUGCCAAGACAUUCAAGGGAAAAGGCCUCAAAGGUAUUGAGGAUCACUUGAACUGGCAUGGAAAACCGAUCCCAAAAGACAAGGUGACUGAACUCUUGAAAGACAUACAGGACCAAAUCCAACUCCCCAACAAGACGUUGCUUCCUGAGCUGCCGGAAGAUGACACAGCACCUGCGGACUUAACAAUCAUCCACCUGGCCUCUCCAACGUACAAAAAGGGUGAAAAGAUGGCAACGAGGCGUGCGUAUGGUGUUGCGCUGGCCAAGUUGGGCCGAACGAGCAAUAGAGUGGUUGCCCUUGAUGGGGACACCAAAAACUCCACGUUCUCAGAGACCUUCUUAAAAGAGUUCCCUGACCGGUUUAUCGAGUGUUUCAUUGCCGAACAGAACAUGGUGGGAGUAGCCAUUGGCUGUGCUUCUCGAGACCGCACUGUUGCAUUUGCCAGCACAUUUGCCACCUUCCUGUCCAGAGCCUACGACCAGAUCCGAAUGGGAGCCAUCUCUCAGUCAAACGUGAACUUGGUCGGAUCUCACUGUGGUGUCUCAAUUGGUGAGGAUGGUCCUUCUCAGAUGGCGCUUGAGGACCUGGCAAUGUUCCGUGCCAUCCCCACUUGUACUGUGUUUUACCCAAGUGAUGCAGUGUCUACUGAGAGAGCUGUGGAGCUAGCAGCCAACACAAAGGGUAUCUGUUUCAUCCGAACCAGCAGACCCGAUACUCCCGUCAUCUAUGCUCCAGAGGAGCCGUUUGAGAUUGGUGUAGCCAAGGUUGUACGGCAGUCUAACAGUGAUCUUGUGACUGUGAUUGGAGCUGGUGUGACUUUGCAUGAGGCGCUGGCUGCUGCUGACGUCCUGGAAAGGGAAGGGAAGAACAUCCGUGUGAUUGAUCCAUUUACUAUCAAGCCUCUGGAUGCUGACACCAUUUUGGCCAGUGCGAAAGCCACAGGAGGACACAUCAUCACAGUGGAGGACCACUACAAGGAGGGUGGUCUUGGUGAAGCGGUGUUAUCUGCGGUGGGCCAGGAGCAGGGGAUCGUGGUGACCCAGUUGGCAGUCACCAGUGUUCCUCGCAGUGGGAAGCCCCAGGAGCUUUUGGACCUCUAUGGCAUCAGUGCGAAGCAAAUCGCCAAUACCGUGCGCCAGAAAUUUGCCAAUUGAAGACUGCGCCACUUUUAGCUCUACCAUUCAUGUUCAUCUUUUUACCCAACUUGUGUGGAGGUCUUGUGGGUGUUUAAUGCCUCGUCAGUUUUCAUAACCAUUCUGCUGUGCAACCUCUUACUUUCUGCAGAUGCAAAUUUGAAAGGGAGCUGGCUCAGUAUGAUGUACACCUAUAAUUACGUCUCCCCAUUCUACUAGAUCUGAAACAUUGCUUAACACUGUUUUUGAACUAAUAGUUCAGUUAAAAAUAAAGGCUUAUAAAUGUGAA